ACUCUCGCCCAACAGAUCGGGCUCCUUUGCGUUCAUGUACACCUGGCACCCGAUCCGUCAUAGUGCCUCCUUCUUUCGUGCUCCGAAAGGCCGUCUGGCCAUGCAUACCCAGGAGAUAUACGGUCUACUUACCAAAUUGCUAUCCGCGUCAAUAUCCUACGAUGAGUUCCGGAAGCAGUGCAAAUCGGUCAAACAAGAAGAGCUCGCCAGGUGGUAAGAGGCCUCCUUUGACGCACUUUCUAUGCGUGCCUCUGGUGACGCCCGCAUCGGAGUCACAACUCCAGACAUCUCUCAAGACGUUCCGGGGUGAGGUCUCCCCUUCGUCGCCCAGUGAAAACAUCACCGCAGCCAGAGGUGCUCAUGCGAGUCCACAGACGCCUGCCGCCAUUCCGACCAUCCCUCAUGCCGCAAUCCGCCCCGUCGGUACUCUGCAUUGCACAUUGGGAGUCAUGAGCCUCGACCAGAACCAACUCGCAGCAGCGAUCGAGCUGCUCCAAUCGUGCGAAGUGACGAAGCUAUUCGAGGACUCAGCCACAACAGGAGGUCUUGAUUCGUCGCCACUCACUAUCGAGCUCAAAGGUCUUGUCUCAAUGCAUGCUCCGCAAAGCACUUCGAUCCUAUACGCGGAGCCGGUCGACUCUUCACAACGGCUGUAUCCCUUUUGCGUUGCUUUACAGGCACUGUUCAGAAGCAAAGGCUUCCUCAUCCCAAACGACAGGUCUUUGAAGUUGCAUGCCACUAUCAUCAACACGAUAUACGCCAAAGGUAAUCGUAAAUCUACCAGGCAGAAGCUCGACUCGACUGUUCCUGGUCCUGCCGCUGAAAAGCUCGAAGACCGGUCUCGAGGACAUGGUCCGAAUGCGAAGGCGCCGAUCAAGCUGGACGCGAGGCCUCUGAUAGAGAAGUACGAAGACUUUCUGUGGGCGAAGAACAUUGUGCUUGACCGGAUCGCUAUUUGUGAGAUGGGAGCAAAGAAAGUGCACGAUGCUCAGGGAAAUGUGGUGGAAGAAAAGUACACCGAGGUCGCUCAUGUUGAGCUACCAACUUGAAGGACCACGGGGUUUUUAGCCUGUCGAGUAAGAAGGAGCUCAAUGAAGGCCAAUCAUAUCGCCAUGCA